CCAUCCUCGGCCUCCGCCCCUUUGGCUCGUCCCCCCGCGGCCUCCUGUGGGACAGCGUAACCCCGCCCGGGCUCUCGGUGCUCCCGGGGCCGCGCGCCAUGGGCAGCCCCCGCUCCGCGCUGAGCUGCCUGCUGUUGCACUUGCUGGUUCUCUGCCUCCAAGCCCAGGUAAGGAGCGCUGCGCAGAGGCGGGGGCCGGGCGCGGGGGACCCGGCUGACACUGUCGGGCAGGGACAUGAGGACCGACCCUUCGGCCAGCGCAGCAGGGCUGGAAAGAACCUUACAAAUCCAGCCCCAAACUACCCCGAGGAGGGAUCUAAGGAACAGAGAGACAGUGUCCUGCCUAAAGUCACACAGCGAGAAGGCCCGGGCGGGGGGCCUGCGCUGGGCAGGGAGCCCGCUUCCCUGCUCCGAGCUGGCCGGGAGCCCCAGGGUGUUUCCCAACAGCAUGUGAGGGAGCAGAGCCUGGUGACGGAUCAGCUCAGCCGCCGCCUCAUCCGGACCUACCAGCUCUACAGCCGCACCAGCGGGAAGCACGUGCAGGUCCUGGCCAACAAGCGCAUCAACGCCAUGGCAGAAGAUGGAGACCCCUUCGCAAAGCUCAUUGUGGAAACUGACACUUUUGGGAGCAGAGUUCGAGUCCGUGGAGCAGAGACAGGACUCUAUAUCUGCAUGAACAAGAAGGGGAAGCUCAUUGCCAAGAGCAACGGCAAAGGCAAGGACUGCGUGUUCACCGAGAUCGUGCUGGAGAACAACUACACUGCGCUGCAGAACGCCAAGUACGAGGGCUGGUACAUGGCCUUUACCCGCAAGGGUCGGCCCCGCAAGGGCUCCAAGACGCGCCAGCACCAGCGCGAGGUGCACUUCAUGAAGCGGCUGCCGCGGGGCCACCACACCACCGAGCAGAGUCUGCGCUUCGAGUUCCUCAACUACCCGCCCUUCACGCGCAGCCUGCGGGGCAGCCAGAGGACUUGGGCCCCGGAGCCCCGAUAG